AUGUGCUUCACAAGUGCCAACAGCGAUGAGACUGUGGAGGUGUUGAAGUUGAGCGUGCUCGGUUGGUCGCUGACUGAAGGUCGCCUGGACCGCUACUUGAUCAAGGACGUGGAUAUGCAGCGCCAAUUCCAGGUGCAGGCCGCGCCGCUCCCCAGGUCGGACAAACCGCGCAUGGACCGCCUGGAGGCCGAGUCAUCCGAAGAGCUGGAUUUGCUUGAGGACAUAUUGGACAGACCAAGACCGUCGGCCAUACCGGUUCGACAGCCUGCAGCUGCCACUGCGGCUGCUGAUCAUGUGGCAGCAGUGGACGAUGUCAACGAUGUCCAUAACUUGCCCUCCGAAGACAUCAUCAUCUUGGAAGAGGAAUUUGAUCCGCUGGAAGUCUUGCGGGCUCAGGAAGAGGAGUGCGCCCAGGAAGCACUGCCCCUUGACGAAGAACUUCAUGAUCAAAACGAGGAGGAGGAGUUGUUGGCUCAGCUUGACCACAACGUGCCCGGGAAUCCGGGUGAAGCUGGUGCAGUGAACGUUGAGGAGGAAAUUCAGCUGGGUAUGCUUGGCUUGGAUGCCGCACCGCAUGCCAACAUAUCCAGCUUGCCCAUUGUGGAUGUUGGCUCUUGGCACUUCCGUACGAGGAAUAACAAUGAGGAUGUGGGCAGGCUUCACCUUGUUGGACAAUCGACAAUCAAAGCGACGUGCAAAAUCCACAAGCAAUGCAUUUGUAUGAUUAGUAUGCCUACUCACGGCACAGCCCGACAUUCUUCAGUUGUCUCGCGCAUGGGCCGCGAACCGGUGAUGGUGGACAUAGAGCAAGACUUGGUGCACUGGCUGGCAGCUGGAGUGGGUUCGGACGCUGCGAACCACAACGAAGUCGGUCGCAGUCUGAGAUCUGAGAAAUGGUUUGUCAAA